AACUAGCGGUUGGCGUGGUCGAAAGAAAACGGAAACGGCUACUGGCAAUUGGCAUCUCAAAAAACUGACCACGCAUGAGAAAGGCUUCAAGUUCGUUAUUUUGAUUAUGAUUAUCUCUUUGACCCAGAGGAGGGGAAUGAUUUUUGUUUCUGUGAGAGCUUAGUUUAGUUUCUCAAUUUGGGAUUUCUAGGGUUUUAAUGGGUAGGGUUUUUCUCGUUGAAUUGGAAGGCAGGUCCUACAGAUGCCGCUUCUGUAACAACAAUGUUGCUCUUGCCGAUGACGUCCUCUCUCGAACUUUCAAUUGCAGCCAAGGGAGGGCGUAUCUUUUCAGCAAUGUAGUGAAUAUAACAUCUGGACCCAAGGAGGAGAGGUUGAUGCUUUCUGGUAUGCACAUUGUGGAAGAUAUCUUUUGUUGCAUUUGCGGACAAAUUCUUGGAUGGAAAUAUGUAACUACACACGACAAAUAUCAAAAGUACAAGGAGGGGAAAUUUGUUCUUGAGAGUUUGUUUAUACCUCUAACAGAUGGAGAAUAGUUGAGGAGAUGAUGGAAGACUUAAACGGAGAUGCUCAUCCUGGUUCAAGCGAUAUGGAAAAUCCUUAGUGAGUUUCUGCCAUAUUCUCUCAGAAUGAGGAAAUUGAAGCGUGCAUGUCAAAGUGUUGUAUGUAGAAACAAUUAUAGAGGCUGUAGAACUACUAUUGAAAUGCAUGACCAUAAUCUAUAAUAUCAUAAGCUUAUUCUAGAAUGGUGUCUUGAAUGCUCUAUUCUCUCUCCCCUCCUACAAUCCCUCUUCAUACAGUACUAAGAACAUCCCUGUAGAUAGCUGAUGGAACCAACAAAGAUAAUUUUGUUUCUAGUUUAUUAAAAAUGUAUGUUUCACAAUCCCAUUUGUAAAAAACAGUAUAUGAACUCAUUCUUAUAUACCAAACAACAAAUUUUACUCUA